AUGUCGUCUCCCACUCCCAGUCGCGCUUCGUCACCGUCUCUUGAAUCUGUCUCGGAUGCCUCCGAUAUUGAUCUCUUGUCGCCUACGCUCCCCUCAGAUGACUCCCAAGUCCCGGCUCCCGUUUGCAACGGAGAGACUGGCACGAAGGCAAACCCCACAAUCCCUCCUGAGGACAAAACGAUUGGUCAGCCACGCCUCGAGGCGACAGAUGAAGGCGCCGAUCAACAGACUGCGAACUCGAACCAUAUCCCGCAUGAGAAGUACUUCUUCAACGCCGACAUGCUCAAUCUCACGGUUGCCGGCGGCACCACGUAUCGCUUGCACAAGGACUUCUUCACACGUUCCUCGCCGUACUGGGCUAAGAAGCUCGCCAGCCCCGGGCUCGAGACCGAUCUCAUCAACCUGCCCGACGUGCGCAAAGAGGAGAUGGACGCGUUUCUCUCUACGCUAUACCCGACCUCCGGUUCGGAUAUGAAGGCGAAGGCGCUGGAAGAGUGGGUCGCCGUCUUGCGCCUGUCGACGAUGUGGAAAUUUAAAGGCAAGCGCGAGUUGGCCAUCAGCGUCCUCGGGAUUGCCGCCCCUCCAUUGGAGAAGCUUCGUCUGGCACGUGCAUACGAUGUCGAAGCUUGGCUUCACCCCGCCUUCGUCGCGCUGUGCGUGCGCCAUAAAACUUUGAGCCUGAAAGAGGCAGAGAAACUUCCGCUUCGGGACGUGAUGCGCCUCGUGUCUGCGCGCGAAGCCCUUUUCAAAGGUUCACCGCCGACGCACGAGGAGACCUCUGCCUAUGUUGCCAAAUACAUCCACAAGCCCAAAUCACCUAUCUCCGAGCUAUCUUUCAAGGUUAUUGGCGACAUCCUCGACGAUAGGAAGGACGGUCACCUACCCCAGCCUCCGCCUGUGAAGGCACCCUCUCCACCGCCUUUCGAACCUUCUACUCUCUUUGCCACCCGCCGUCCGAAGACGCCUCCGCUGACGCUUUCUGGACCAAAUGCCACAAUCGAGGAGAAGCAGAAAUUCGCGGGGCUCCUUUCCACGUAUCAGUAUGCGACGGCGUUUGACGCUGUCGAAGAGCACAACGUACAAGCGUUUCUGAGCUUGCUUGUCGACUUCAGCAAGGUGUACCGAGACGGAAGCGACUUCCGAGUCUUUGCAGACAAGCUCAUCACCUACAGCGUCACUCACUCUCGAUUCGUCCCCCUCAGCGUUCAGAUACUCAAGUCCAUCAUUGCAGACCUUCCUCCCUCCGAGUCUUCCUUCUGGUCGUUCGAGGCCACGCAAGUCUCAGCUCUGGGGUAUAUGGAGACGGUGCGCGAUCGUGCCUUGGAGUUCUGGGAGGAUCUCGAGGAGGCUAUGGCCAAGUACAAGGACUUCACCCUCGCGAUGGCGCAUGCCAAUCUAACGCCCAGUGGCACACACACGUUGAUCACUCUGAGCCUCAGAUUGCCUCACGAGAAGGUGCUCCAGAGCGACUACGAGCAGAGGAGCGCGAGCCUUCGGGCGAUCUUCGCCGCACUUGAAGAGGCUGGGCUCCUUGAGCCCCAGGCUGCAUCCGCUGACGGGAAGUAG